AUGUUGAUCUACGAGCGCGCCAUUCACGACCCCGUCUCGCCCGGCCCGGGCUCUCCGCCAGGCAUGACGACGUCCAAAUCCUCCAAAUCUUCAUCGUUCAGCUCGCUCGACUCGGACGACGGCAGCGUUCUUGCUGAUGUGAAUCAUUUUGAGGACAUUGGGCUCCACGACAACACGCUACAAGAUCCCCGAAACCUCUCAGACCAGUUCUUCAAAUCACCGCCCAAUCCCUAUAGCCCGUCAUUCUCGUCAGACUUCCGAGCCACUUCGAAGAAGCCUGCAUCGGCUUCCACCCCCCGAUUGCAAUACUCGCGCGAUUCAUCGAGGUCCCGUCCGAAACGGGAAUUCACCCCUGCCCCAAAAUCACGGCCAACCUUCCCAAGUUUGCAGAACCAAAUACGAAGUGUCAAUGGACGCGUGGCGAGCCUCGGGCUUCUGCCCGACCCACAUGCGAGCCCGCUCCCUAUCCGCAGCCUGGGAGUCCGACACGCUCAAACAUUUGCAGGACGGCACCGGAGUCCAAGCCCGAGUUUCUCCCUCUCUCCUCGAGACCCUAACCUCCAGAUGAAGCCGCGGAGGAGCAGCUGGCAGUCGAAUCGGGAGCGGAAAACUGCCAUGGAACUGGAACUUGAAUGCGACGAGGAGGAUGGGGACGACAUUCCAGAAGGACUCGUGUUAGAUAACGUCCCAAUAUCGCCCCGACCACCCAUGGAACGAUCCAAGAGCCAGCCCUCUUCCAAGGCCCCCUCCCCGGAGCGGCCGGUAAAGGACAGGAUACGGAGCGUGGGAAAUGGGACACCGCCUGUAGCUAUAGCCCAUGGGUCACUCCGGUCACCAACCUGGAAGUCCGAUUCAGCAAUCAACUCGGCCGCCUCGAGCCGCGCAACCAGCCCGGUCAUGUCGAGGGCUAAGAGCUGGAACGCCGCACUUUCAGAGUUGAACGCCGAGGCGAAGGCUUUGACGGAGAAGCUGGAAGAGCAUGCCGACGAGGUGGAUCACAAAUCCCAACGCUCAAGCACUGGCUCCAUGCCCACAGUGAGGAGGUCAUCGGAUUACUACGACACCAAACCCCGCGUCAAGUCGGCUAUUGCCGAGCUGCCCCCUCUGCGCCGGACCAACAUCAUGAUUGACCCAUUGCCCAUCUCCAAGGAAAAAGAGGCUGUUUUAUCGCGAACCCGUCCUUCCUGGCUCCCGCCCAAGAAUCCUGCUGAAGAACGCCGCCAUUUGAAGGAAUACCAGAAAAUGAUGGCGCAGAGUGCUGAGGCCGAGCGCCGUCGCGAAACGGCAAAGCGCGUUCGAUCAGAAUGCCGGGAUACUGCUGCGGACAGCUUAAUGCAAAUCUGGGAGCAAGAUAUCCUCCCACGAUGGAACGACGCUAUUCGGGAGCGCAGGACGCGGGAUCUCUGGUGGCGGGGCGUCGCGCCGCGCAGUCGAGGAGCUGUGUGGAACCGUGCCGUAGGAAACGAGCUUGGCCUCACCAAGACGUCAUUCACGGCCGCUCUCGGCCGAGCUCGUGAUAUCCAGGCCAAGGCCAAAACGGGGCACGAGAGUGUCGAAGACUCGCGCGCCACUGCUUGGUUUGAGGCGAUCGUGAAAGACGUCGGGAAGAACACAUGGCCGGACCUGCGGAUAUUCCAGUCUGGAGGCCCGCUUCACCAAGGCUUAGUCGACAUUCUCAGCGCAUACGCCAUGUACCGGAGCGAUAUUGGAUAUGUGCCAGGCUGCAAUACCAUCGCAGCGCUUCUUCUAAUUAACUUGCCAACCCCAACUGAUGCUUUCAUCGCGCUCGCCAACAUCCUGAACCGUUCCUUGCCUCUCAGCUUCUUCGCUUCUGAUGCCGGGGCCAAGUCCACAGCCUAUAAUCUACUCCUGCAGACGUUGAGUCGCAAAUACCCCAGCCUGCACGAUCACCUGGUGCAACUGCCCGACCACGACCCAGAACUGUACCUGGGCGACAUUUUUUCCAGCCUCUUCACCAACUAUCUUGCUUUGGACCAAGCUGCCAGGCUCUGGGACGUCUAUGUCUUUGAGGGCGACAACGUGUUGAUUCGGGCUUGCGUUGCACUGCUCGCACAAAAAGAGAUGUCCCUUAUGGGGACGAAAACCAUUGAAGACGUCAACACAAUUCUUCGCCACAGUACCGAAGGUGCCAAGGGUCCCCAGGUGACCGAAGGACACGGCGAAGAAGAUCGCUGGAUGCGCGCUGUCAAGGAAGCGGGAAAAGCCUGA